AUGGAGCCGACAGUCAAGAAGAAGGCCGAGCCAAAGCUAGCCCCGAAUGAUAAAACUGACGGAGAGGACAAGGAUAGGCCUGACCAGUCGAUCUCCCCCGACAAUCGCACAGUCACAGUCAUCAUCGAAGAUUGGAGAACUCCCUUCAUAAAAUUCUUAACAGAAGAAGAACUUCCGGCUAAAAAAGCAGAAGCUGAGCGCGUCAAGCGACAAAGCUACUGCUACCUCAUGUCGGAUGGAGAGCUCCUUCGUCGAAGUGCAUCGAGCAUCCUCAUGCACUCCGUACUUCCUGACGAAGGCAAGAAAAUCCUCCAGUCGGUGCACUCGGGCCUCUGCGGCAACCAUGCCUCUGCUAAGAUGCUAGUCAGGAAGAUAUACAGACAAUGUUUCUUCUGGCUGAUUGCCGUCACAGACAGACAAGAACUGGUCAGGAGAUGCGAAGGGCCCUUCAAGUGGGCCCCGAGGGGAUUCACCCACCUGUUUGUCGCCAUCGACAAAUUCACCAAGUGGAUUGAAGCCAAACCAGUCGCCACAAUCGACUCGGCGCAUGCGAAGGACUUCAUAUAG